CACACAAACAAUAACAAAACCCACUUUCCCAUUGUUCCUUUCAGUUUCUAUCCAACGAAAACACACCCAAACCCAGAAAACAUCUGAUCUAAUAAUAAAUCGCACAUUUGAUCCUUUUUCUUGGAGGAACCUCACAAGACAAGUUUAAUUUUCACAACUUUGGCUAUGAAACGUGGAUACCCGGAAUCUCCCCCUUCCUCUUCCGGUCCAUCUAAAUCCCGAUCCAGACCUAACCCUCAAGGUGAUGCACAAUUUUUGGAGGACGAGAGCACAAAGAUUUUUGCUAGGAAAGUAGCUGAUCAUUAUAGUUCAAGAACAAAUCAAACUUUGGAAGAACGAGAAGCGAGUCCGAUCAUUCACUUAAAGAAGUUGAAUAAUUGGAUUAAAAGUGUCUUGAUUCAGCUUUAUGCUCGUAGGGGUGAUGCUGUUCUUGAUCUUGCUUGCGGCAAGGGUGGUGAUCUCAUCAAGUGGGAUAAAGCAAAAGUUGACUAUUAUGUUGGCAUUGAUAUAGCUGAAGGCUCGAUUGAAGAUUGUCGUACACGAUAUAAUGGUGAUGCAGACCAUCAUCAACGUCGCAAAAAGUUCACUUUUCCUGCCCGUCUCAUGUGUGGUGAUUGUUUUGAGGUGCGCCUCGAUAAAGUUUUGGCUAAUGAUGGUCCUUUUGAUAUCUGCAGUUGCCAGUUUGCCAUGCAUUAUUCCUGGUCUACAGAAGCACGUGCACGUCGGGCACUGGCAAAUGUAUCAUCUUUACUUCGUCCUGGAGGCACCUUCAUCGGCACAAUGCCGGAUGCCAAUGUGAUAAUCAAAAAGCUUAGAGAAGCUGAAGGAAUGACUUUUGGCAACAGUGUCUACUGGAUACGAUUUGAUGAAGAAUUUUCCGACAAGAAAUUUAAAUCUUCAAGUCCCUUUGGUAUCAAGUACAAGUUUCACUUAGAGGAUGCUGUCGAUUGCCCCGAAUGGAUUGUGCCCUUCCAUCUCUUCAAGUCAUUAGCAGAAGAGUAUGAUCUAGAGCUAGUUUUUGUCAAAAAUUCGCACGAAUUUGUGCAUGAGUACAUGAAAAAACCGGAAUAUAUAGAGCUUAUGAGGAGGCUUGGUGCAUUAGGUGAUGGCAACCAAGACCAGAGCACAUUAUCUGCAGAUGAAUGGGAGGUGGCUUAUUUAUACCUCACAUUCGUUUUAAAGAAGCGAGGCCAACCGGAACGGUCACAAACAAAUAGUAGAAAAGAUAAAGGACAGAUGCAAAUAGCAAAAGAAGAUAUCCUGCAUAUUAGUAGUGAUGUUUAGCAGGAGAACCUAAUAAAUCCCAAAGAAUUUCUUCUUCU